AUGAGCUCCCUCAUCGAUACCUUUGUGCCUUCCAGCACUUACAACACCUUGCCCUUGAUUAGCCAAGUCGCCGGUGCACCCACGGAUCACUCCCAAGAUCUUCAAGACCUCCGCGAGUUGCUGAACAAGCAUAACGUCCCCGAGGGCGUCAGCGUUCGCCUGAUCCACAAGCACUUUGACACCACCGAGGGCGAAGUCAUGGUUUUUGACAAGAUUCCAGUCCCAGGACAUGGGUUCGUUCAGAUCAUGAAGCCCAUAGUGCCUCCAAACGGCAACCAACUUCGAGGCAUCCAUUAUUUUGUCGAUGACAAUGGGUCUCUUCAGGCCUACGAGUAUGGCAACCACGAUGCACCCGACAUGAGUGGUCUACAGUCGUUCUUUGCCGAGUUCUGUAGUCUCGUUUCUGAGCGAGGUCUGCAGCGCAAAUUCGGGCUCAAGCUUCAACGCGAGGAUGAUACGGACCAGAAAGGAUGGACCGAGUACGAACUACACUCGAAGCGCGGCACAAUCAUGUUCCCGGACGGCAUGCCCAUGCCUGACGGGGAGAGUGACUACAGUGUCACCACAGAGUGGAAAGCGAUCUUUAAUGAACUCCCGAGAACUUGCAAGCAUACUACGACCUGUAGGCACGGGCGGACGACGUGCAAACACUGCAAGCAUUGCAAUAACCAUCCCGACGAGAGUGAUAUCAACUCUGGUAAUGAGAUCGGUUUCUGCUUGGGUGGACAGAAAAUUCCGCCAGGAACUCUGGUCCAUGAUAUUGUCGAUCAAAUUAUCGCUGUAUUUUAG